CAGUUCCUGCCUGUCAGCCAGUGUGUUUGGGUUGCGUUCUUCUUCCCAGUCUUCCUCUGCAUUCCUGUCUUCGUCCUUCCGGGGUGUGUAUGUGCUAGUCUUUAUCGCCUCAGUCCCAUCCCCUUGGUGGAGUUUACGGAGGGGGAGGAGGAGACACCCUCCCAGCUGCAGGCCAGAAUCUCUGCCUCCUCCGCCACGCGGGAGCUCGAUGAGCUCAUGGCCUCGCUGUCCGACUUCAAAGUCCAGAGCAAUUCUGGUUCUCAGUUGUCUGUCAAUAUGAAUACCCUCCUGAUCAGUCAAGGAUCAGAACCCUCCUCCUUGGAGACGAAGUCACCUGCUUCCCCAGUAGUUGUAACCAGAGACCCAACUGGGCCUGGUGAUCUGCAGCUGGAGCCCCCCAGUGACACGUCCCCCUCCUGUAACCCUGUUCCUUUAGACCUCCACAUAGAUGAAGAUGCCUGUUCUGGCCCGCCCUCCUCCACCCACCUCUCAGCUGCUUCACCCUCCUCCGUUUUGUUGGCCUCGUCCCAGAGCCUCCAGUACACCCAGAUUCACACACAGCUGGGAGGAGUAACUGAUCCCAGCGUGAGAACUACGCUGACCUCCCACAUGGAGUCCCUCACUGUGGUCUCUAACACCACAAGCCACACUUUGCCAAAGACCCCCUAUCCUUCUGUUGCCCCCGUUGUAAAGUACAACAGUCCUGCAGUGGAUAAUAAGACCACCAAGACGCCUAGUCCAGUAACUGUUGCCAAGACCCCUAGUCUGGUACCUUUUGCCAAGACCCUUAGUCCCAUGACUCUUGUCAAGACCCAUAGUCCUAUAACUGCUGCCAAGACACUUGGUCCAGUUAUGGUUGCUAAGAGCCCCAGUCCUGUUCCGAUUCCUAAAAGCCUCAGUCCUCUUCCAGUUGCCAAGAGCCCCCGUCCAGUUCUGGUUGCUAAGAGCCCCGUUUUUGUUAGUGUUGCUAAGAGUCCCACUCCUAAAACGAUCACCCUUCAUCAGUCACCCUCCAUUGAUCCAUCUUCCUCACUGAAGGAGAAGCAUCCAGAAACACCUGCUGCUCAGCUAGCAGAGCCCCCUGCUGCAUGUCCUGACUUGGGGAUAACAUGGCCAUGUCGGGAGCCCUUGCUGGAGGACACCCUUGACAGAUUGCUGUCCUUCGACUUUACCCUGCCAGAGGGAGAAGUGAAGCAUGCCAAGGAGACCCAUCGGGACAAAGAGGAGCUUUAUUCCAUGGCAAGAGACAAGGAAAGGACUUGGGAGGACAAGGAAAGUAUUAACCCAAAGCACGGCACGUCCCUGGACGGGCGCGAGGGGACGAUGACCCCCCUUAACAAGGCCAGCUGGAUGGACGACUGUUUGACCCCCUCGACGUGUCCAGGAACCCCCGAGACCACCCUGGACCUGCCCCUGAACCAGCCUUCGGCCGUGGAGAGGCUGUCCACCUCGGGCCAACUCAAGUCGGUUAUCCGCCGCACCAAAGAGACGCCCAACGUGCACCCAAUGUACCGAGACGGGCAUGUGUUAAGGCGUAAACUGGGUCCUGUCAUCUUCACCAAGAGCAGUUCCCAGGACUGUCUCAUCGCAGAGCUGCAGGGCAAGCUGGGAAUCGAACGCGCCGUUGAGCGCCGACGCAAGAAGCAGUCAGACGACUGGCUCACUGAGGGGGUCAUCGUCAUGAACAACCCGCAGCGCAUGCGGGAAGACAAGGCCUCGCCGGUGGUGGACAAGAUCGUCAUCCCUCCUGACUCGCCUGUCCCUCAGAGAAAAGUCAUCCCCCCUCCGCAGUCCCCCCCGGCGCCCAAAAAGCAAACCCCUGUCAAGCAGACCCCUCCGCCCCUGCCUCCUCCCACACCCCCCUCGCCCCCUCCCAGGGUACCCACCCCUCCCCCGCCAUGCACCCCUUCCCCCCCAUCUGUGGUGCAUCAGCCCACUCCUCCCUGGAUGCCGACCCCCAGAGAGCCCACCCCUCCAUCCAGGGAACCUGCCCCGCCCAAAAUCCCCAGCCCCCCGCCCAAUUCUGUCACCCCGCCCCCUCCGCCCAAGGUCUUUGUGUCUGUUGGCUGCCAGACUGAGUACGAUCCCAUCUUCCCACCAAUGGAGGCAUGGAACACUCAAUCCACCUUGUUCAUUUAUCCUUCUGUUUUCUCUAUUUCUCCCGUUCUCUCUUUGGCCUAAUCUGCCUCUCACCUCUUUCUUUUCUCACUAUCACCAACUUUAUUCUCUUUUUCGUCGUUUGUAUUGAGUCGUCUGUCUGAGUGUCAAAACCAAAACUCUUCUCUGUGUGUGUGUGUGUGUGUGUGUGUGUGUGUGUGUGUGUGUGUGUGUGUGUGUGUGUGUGUGUGUGUGUGUGUGUGUGUGUGUGUGUGUGUUGAGAAAACAGAUGUAUUUUGGGCCCUAUCUCUAGCCACUUCUCCACCAAGAGUCCAGGAGAGGGGUUGUGAUAAGGAAGGAGCUCUUUAAGGAUGUGUGAAAUCCAUUCUGUAGAGAUGAAAGAGUAUGACAUCCAGGCUGGCGAGUGAACCGUCUGGGUUUUUGGAGAAUGGUGCCAACUUGGGCCAUGUUGUUCCUUGAAAUCAGUAUCGGGUGGUUGGUGGGGAACAGACAUCAUGGCUCUCUCCUUGAUAUUACAGCCACACUGUCCUGAUACCUGUCAUGACGCUGGGAUGGUUCCCACCUCCCAGAGGACUUGCCUCCAACAGAGGCACUUCAGACCUAACUUUUGACUGUUUAACUUGCCAAGCCCUUUUGACCAAGCCCAAAUCUGAACAGGUUGAAAUAACUUGACUUGUGAUUUAGCUGACUGCAUAGUGUUCUGUUAAGACACUGUUAUUAUAUGCCACUUUUUCUCUCCGUACCUAAUCUAAUUUUCUCCCUACCUCUUUCUCUUUAACAAACACAUCCAGGUCCAAACCAAGUUGGUAUUUGAUUUUACUCCAGAUGGAAGGGUGGUUGUUUAGUGAGGGUUGCCUUUCGUUGGUGAAAUUUGCCUGUACGUGACUGUUAGUCCCUGUGUGCGUUUAUGUGUGUGUGUGCGCGUUCAUGUGUGCGUUUGUGUGUGUGUGCGUUUAUGUGCGUGUUUAUGUGUGUGUGUGCGUGUUUAUGUGUGUGUGUGUGUGCACGUUUUUUGUAAGCAGUAGGCCCACUGACAGGCUAUUUUUUCCCUCUGUGGAAUUUGACUGGGUCAGGAAGCUCCAAUGACCAAACCAUUUGAGAAGUGUAGUUCCCUCCCACCUUGCUUCUGCCCAUCAACAACCCACAGACAAUCAAUAGGCUCUAUAGGUAGCUAAUAAGCAGCGUUACUCUUGGAGACAGUAGUUGGACUGCAGUGCUUUAUGUAAUGUCAGCUUUUAUGCGAUGAGCCGAACAUGUUCUUUCUAGCCUGGCAUGCAUGCCAGCGGCAUUCUCCAUUUCAGCCAUUAAAAAGACUGAUUUCUGUGGCGGGUCACAUAAGCCCAGGGAGAGUGUGUUCUGUUUCGUCAAGAAUAAUUACUGUUGUGUCAAUGAAGACUGAGUUCAAACCAAAAGACUUGAUCCCAGGGGAGCAAUUACGUUCAGAUGUAAUCAGCAGAGUUGUUGAAGAGAGACUCUUCUACGCUUUAAUGGGGUUUUCUGUGAGUUGAGCAGAACAUGAGUUGGGAAGGGAUCUCUAUUUGUGGAACUGUGUUUGCGUGUGUACGUUUCUAUAUGCGAGUGUUAGUGUGUCUGCUUAUUGUCUGCGUGUGUGUUUCUGUGCGUCUGUUUCUUUCUCUGACAUGUCUGUCUGUGUGUGACC